UUCUCGCCUUUGAAAAGAUUGCAAAGGAGGAGUUGGUCGUUAAGACUUGUUGAUGGCGGAGAUGCAUUGAUCUGUGGGGUGAAGUGAAAAGCCCGGGUGCCUUUUUUUUUGCCGUGGCGCGGGAGUUGAGCGUGCAUGCAAACUGUGCCUUUGCAUUGUAGAGAAAUUGCGUAUUUUUAUCGUUCCCAUUACGCGCAGGCUCUCUUUUCCGACUGGAUAUACAAUUCCGAACGCCUUACUCUUUCUUAUACUCAUGGGAUCCUCGUAAGUUUAAUUUAUUUGUAUGCUGCUAUCAAACGAGACGUCAUUUCCACAGAGUCGCGUCAGUUGUGGUUAUGUUUUUAGUCUAGACCGCGAAAGUUGUGUUGUGGCAAAUACAGCCUACAUAUCUUAUUUGAAAAUCCGUGACUGGAAUAGGAACAGUGGAUGUUUCGGAAAGGAUUCCUUUGAAGAUUUGCUUGGAAAUCAAGUGACUUCGUGAUACCCACAAUAACUAUCUCUUUUUGGCCGGCGUUGCACUUAUCGUUGUGCACACAUAUCUCCCCAAAUGCUGGACGCUGUCAGGAUAAAUAAACAUUUCCAUAAAAGUGUCGCGGAUCGAUGCUAAACUUGGUGAAUAUGUGAGCAGAGACGUUAUUGUCGCCAAGUUCCACCUGGGAGACGGGUGGACGUCCGUUCCCCUACCAUAAUUACAAGAAAUUCGCUUUUGUUUGUUUGGCGGUGAUCGACACCCGAGAGUGGACACAGCUGUCCAGGGUUCUGACUUCUGCAAACCGGAGGACGAGCGUGAAUGGAACAUUAAACAUGGGCAUGUCUAUAUAGACGAAAUAGCCCAAUGCAUUUCUGAACGAAAUGGAAUACAAAUAUCAUAGGCUUUGAUGCGAAUAAUCGAUAUGCAGGUAUGACAAAUAACCAGCCAUUCCUCUCAGACCAUUUCGUUAUAACUGAGGUCAAAUCAUAAUGCAAAUAUGAUUUUUUAACGACUGUACCUUAGCGACGUUAGAACUGCCUGAACUAUGACAGCGCAAUGUCUCAUAUCAUCGACAAAAUGUAAUUAUCGGACAUUAUAGAACAAUACGAAUUAAUAUUCCUGACAUACCAAGGACUGACCAUCAUCGCAAAAAUGGGACAAUAAUCAAAGUGCGCACACAAGCAGGGGUGUUUGUGUUGACUGUGCUUUGUCUUCGGAGUUAAACACUUGUGUUUGAGACAUGGCAGCGGCUAUUGCCAGCGGUUUGAUCCGGCAAAAGAGACAGGCACGGGAGCAACAUAUAGACCGACCCUCUACCAACAGGAGGAGGAAAAGCCCCAGCAAGAACAAGGGUCUCUGCAAUGGGAACCUGGUUGACAUCUUCUCCAAAGUGAGAAUCUUCGGCCUCAGAAAGCGAAGACUACGGCGACAAGACCCACAGCUCAAGGGUAUUGUGACCAGGUUAUAUUGCAGGCAGGGAUACUACUUGCAAAUGAACCCAGAUGGAUCUCUGGAUGGGACCAAGGAUGACAGCAGUAAUUCUUCUUUGUUUAACCUCAUCCCUGUGGGUCUUCGAGUCGUCGCCAUUCAGUCGGUGAAGACAGGGUUAUACAUCGCCAUGAAUGGAGAAGGCCAUCUCUACACAUCGGAACUCUUUACAGCAGAAUGCAAGUUCAAAGAGUCGGUGUUUGAAAACUACUACGUGAUCUACUCGUCCAUGCUGUACCGGCAGCAGGAGUCUGGCCGAGCGUGGUUCCUGGGGCUCAACAAGGAGGGGCAGGCCAUGAAGGGGAAUCGAGUGAAGAAAACCAAACCAGCUGCUCACUUUCUACCCAAGCCAUUAGAAGUUGCUAUGUACAGAGAGCCAUCGUUGCAUGACGUUGGGGAGACGGGGCACAAGCCCGCCGGUGUCCCUUCCAGCAAAAGCACAAACGAGCCCGCUGUAAUGAACGGGGGGAAGCCGGUCAGCAAACCCCCCCCCACCACCACCACUACCGCUGCCGCCACCACCGCGGCUACCACCACCGCGGCCACCACCGCUACCCCAGCUGUCCCUGGUCCCGUCCCGACGCCCGCGCCCACAUCUGCCCCUGCCCCCACCACUACCACGACCGCCGCUAAACCUGCCACAUAGCCCGCCCCCCCCCCAUCAGGAGCUGCUCUCAACCCACGCUGGACUCACGUCCCCUCUCUCUCGUCUGUGGGUGGGUCGGAUCCAGACCUCCCCUCCCCUCUCCUCCUGCUCUUCCCCGACGACCUGCCCCCUUACCCCUCCCCCGACCCCCCCCCCCCCCCCCCAAUGCUCCGAUACGUCCUCACGCAGUGGCGGAUCCUUCUGAAGAGCGCGGCCGAAGAAGACAACCGUUGCACGCGGACGGGACGACUGGAUGGAUAACCAGCGAUAAAAAAAACAAACUCUGACCAUGGAAUGCCCUACCAGAUAUGGAAUGCCUUUUUAAGAAAAAAAAAAUAAACUAACUAAAACAUUUUUUUUGUGUUGUGACUGUGACAAUCCAUGAGAAGCGGGGGUGUUUCUCACCUCCUGCUCGUGGUGCGUUUGCCUGCUAGUGGUCACACCAGAAUACCCUUUUAGGAGCCCAGGUUGGGCAUGUAAUCCAGAUCUAUUUUCUAUACUACAGUGCACCAGCUAGGUCCUGGGCAGAUGCUGUACAGAUAUACUUAAGAGAGAGAGAGAGAGAGAGAGAAAAAAUGCUAAACAAAAUGAAAAUUGACUGUCAUCCUCUAUUUUUUACAAGUCUGUUUCGUCUCUUCUCUUUCUAUCUUGACACUGUAGUCUCUUUCUCUUUGUUGACGUACUUCAGAACAUUUUUGCAGGGGCUAUGUGUGAUUUUCUAAAUACACAACUGCAUACACACAUAGACAUACACACAACCACACAAACAAACACACACACACACACACACACACACACAGAUAUUAAAACACAAAAACAGUCAUAAGACUGCAAACAGUAACACACCUAAACACACACACUCACAAAACGUCCACUUCAAAACGUAGGAUUAAGAUAUACCACAGGUGGCUUGGAUCCAGGGAAUCCUUCAGGGAGACUGGAGGCAGAUGACUGCAGACGGAGAGCAGACCUGUAGUCUCAGGCUAAGAGCUGUUUUCCCUCUCUUUCUUUUCCUUUCUUCUCUUUUAUUUUUUCUUUUCUUUUUUUUUUCCUUUUCACUUUAUGCUUUGUUCAAUUUUUCUGAUGUCAGAUAGGGACAUAGCGACACACACUCGCACAGACCAACACACACAAUCGCACGCAUGACUUAGCUCAACGACAAAUGAGUGUUGUACUAACACCGAGCGCGCGAUCAUAGCCAGGAGCUAAUGCUAACACUGAAGCUAAUGCUAAUGUGUGAGAAAGAGGCCUGUGGAGUGGUACAUACAUAUCACUAUCCAAUUCCACGGGGAUGUGCAGACGCCCAGCAAAUCCAAUACCUUCUAUAUAGAAAUAAAUAAAGGGAAGUCUAUUUUUUCUUUAGUCUCGUUUUUUUAGAGCGUAGGCUCUAGGUAUAUCUAUGGGCCUUGUAGGCCUCUCAUUCUGGCCGCUCCCUCACCUGCCUACUCCUCAGAACUAUAGAAUAUUUGGGGAAAAGGGCCUACAUAGGUUGUGUCCGUAGCAGCCAUUCUACUGUAGAGUGAAGAGUCGUCGACUUAGAGUCAGUGUGAGGGAACAAAAUGGCCGAAUGCGAGCAGACGUUGUCAACACUGGCUGCAUCCCCUCACCCCAUUUUGUUUCAGCAAAAGCAUGGGCGAAAGGUUAGUAUUGUGUUCUGUUCUUGCAGCAACAAUGCAAGAGAUGGCUUAUACUAUAAUGUUUUCACUGCAAAAAAAAGUAAAAAAAAAAAAAAAAUACAUUAUAAGAUACGAACACAAAACCAUUA